UGGCGAGCGAUGAGCCUGGGAGACCGGGAGGAGGGUGAUCGGUAGCCUCGACUCGACUCGACUAGACUAGGCUGGGGUGGAGUAGUAAUGCCUGGGGACGGUGCCUACAUGGGUGCGAGAGAGAGACGACUUCGCAGAGAUCUGGACGAGAAGGUGACAAGGGGUUCGAGAAUCGGGGAUUUGAGAGAGCGAGUAUGGCGUUAGUGUAGGGAGAGGGGAGGUUUGCGGAAGGUGUGCAGGUUGGGGAGAGGAGGAGAAGGAAGGGAGAGGAGAAGGAAGGGAGUGGAGGAGAAGGGAGAGGAAGAGAGGGUAGACGACGACUAAGACGACGACGUCAGGAGUGAGCCGCUGGCGUUUGCGGGAGGGGUGGUGGUGGGAGUGGUGGAGGGCAGGAUGGAGCGGCUGGCGCACCCCGAGGGCUUCUCCCCCGCGGGGCUCAAGGUGCUGGUCGUCGAUGACGACAACGUGAUUCUGAAAAUUCUCGAGCGCAUGCUGCGUGAAUGCAAGUACGCGGUAACCACAUGUAAUAGUGCUACGAAGGCUCUCGCAAUGCUACGAGAGAAUCGUAGUUACUUUGAUCUGGUUAUCAGUGAUGUAUACAUGCCAGACAUGGACGGCUUUAAGCUCCUUGAAGCGAUUGGGCUGGAGUUGGAUUUGCCUGUAAUAAUGAUGUCAAGAGAUGGGGAAAUUGAUUCUGUUAUGAGGGGAAUUAAACAUGGCGCUUGUGAUUAUCUCUUAAAACCUGUCCGCCUCGAAGAACUUAGAAACAUCUGGCAACAUGUGGUUCGCAAGCUUGUUUCACCAAUUUUGGUGUCGAAAGAGGAAUCGGGGGAGUUGGAUGAGUAUCCCAAGCACCAAGAUAAUGCAGAUUUUGAUGCAACAUCACGUAAGAGAAAAGAAAGGUUGGAAGAUGAAACUCAGCUUGUGGAGGACGUGAAUAAUUUGAAGAAAGCUCGCAUCGUAUGGUCCCCUGAGCUUCAUCAACAGUUUGUCAACGCUGUUAACUACUUGGGUGUAGACAAGGCUGUACCCAGGAAGAUACUAGAUAUUAUGAACGUUCAAGGCCUUACACGAGAAAACGUAGCAAGUCACUUGCAAAAGUAUCGAUCGUAUUUGAAGCGCUUGAUUGGGGUGACACCACAACCGCAUCCUGUAGCCUCAUUUCAGGCGGCCGAGAAUGGCACCUUUGGGGGAACUAUGCAAAUACAACCAGGCGGGCGCCCCACAGCAUCUUCCAGCACCAAGGGUCUAAACCUUGGUGGUGCUGCAGCAAUCUCUUCUAUAAGUGGGUUAAACCGGGGAGGGUCACAAAUUGAUGCUGCGACACUGAACACGUUGGUUCAGCUUCAAAGUCUUCAACAGAAGCAACUUGGCACAACUGCUAGUCGGGUGGGUCUGACUACAGAUCUGGUGAGCCUACAAACCCCAGCUGAUCCGACCGGGCCUCAGAUGCUGGAUUCUUUUGAGCUUGACCUUCUGAUGAAGGCCCAACACGAUAGUCGGCAGCGAGGUGGCGGGGGCACUGAUUAUACAGCCUUGUUGAGUGGUAGCAAGGACACUCUACCCAAUAUGAGCAGCUUGAGGGGUCAUGUUGAACUUAAGCCUGCUGCCAUGGGCUCUACUAACCUCCUUGCUGGUAGUGAGCCAAUGACGGCAAUGUCAAUGAGUAAUCUGCGAGGUUCUGAUGAUUUGGGUCCUGGUUUGGGAGGCGUAGACGUAGGAAGGAGUCAUCUUGUGAACAAGUGGGGAGGAGAAUUUUCAAAUUCUUCUGCGUUUUCUUCGUUAACCUCGCGGAGUAAUGGUGGUGCUGUUUCUGAGAGUAGCUUCAGUAUCGACUACGGUGACAUUCCCGAUGUGCCUCCUGAGUUUUUAGUUGCAUCACCCUCAGAUCUGUCUCUCUUGGGGCAACUCCAAGCCUUCGAUCAAGGAGAACUUGACUAUGACCAGUUAUCUCAACCUCGAUGGUCAAUGUCGUACUCUAGCAAGGCAUAGAAAGGCAGCUUUUUCUCCACAACAUCGGUUUGGUCUCUCGUGAGUAAUGCAAUUCCACUUUCUAAGGCUGCUCUAUUUGAGGGAGGGUUUCCAUGCGGUUCUAGGUUGGAAAUUGAAGAACUCAUGUUAAGAUAUGUCUAGAGGUUAUUCAAUAACGGAUUUGGAUGCCUGCCUAGUUGCUGCUGCCCUUACUCUGAUUGCAUCGCUUUGCUCUACCCGUAGCACCUUGGUUGUUUUAGUGCUAGUCACGCUUCCUUGUAUCCUACUAUGCAAAGAUUUACUUUUAUCUUGCCAGGUGCAAGACCUCUGAAGGUUUUGCUCUUAGGAGCUGUACUUUAUGUUCCGUCCUUGCCCAGGAGGGGCCAAAAGUAGAACAACGCAAGUGGAACCAUGAGUUUCAAGGUUUCGAAGUUCUUUUGAAUUGAGAUUGGAAAGACGUGACCUUUUCUCCGAAGGCAAUUGCACUGGACACAGCAUGUAAAGCUAUCAAGUUUCAAAGUCAUCCAUUUAGCAUGCAGUGAGUUUUGUUGGUCGUAAGCCUAUGGUAGGGUUUUCCCUAGUGUACAGUUUCAACAUCUUUUGUGCAACCAGUAACCUGAUGGACGAUGUGAACUUCCCACUGAGAAGCUAUUCUGUUUCCUUGCGAGCUCAUUCCUCAUGAUUGCGUUAGGUUGUAGGCGAUCGCUUAUUUUGGAGCAUAGUUUGGGCUAUGAUGAUGUACCAUAUAACUUAUUCUAAUUAGCAAUAGCCGUAGUAACUCGUGUGCCAUAUUAUUUUCUUCUUUUGUAAUUGAGAAACGGACUCGUCCAGUGGAUGCCAGUGAA